CAACUUGGCGGGAGGCGCCCGUUGACUCCCGGGCAGAGCCCCCUAUAGGCCGGGGCAGCUCAGGCCGCGGGGCCGGGCACAGCACCCGCCCCCUGCGCGUCCCGCCCCGGCGGGGGCCGGCCCGGGGACAGCGGGGACAACGGGGACAGCAAAGGCAGCGAGGGGAGCUCGGCAUGGCGCAGUACACGAGUGCCUCCACGGCCCUGGCCGUUAUCCGGCUCCGCAACCCGCCGGUCAACGCGCUGAGUUUGCCAGUUCUCCAGGCAUUAGAAAAUGGACUGAAGAGAGCAGAUGCUGAUCCAUCAGUGAAAGCCAUUAUGAUUUGUGGUGAAAAUGGGAAAUUCAGUGCAGCUUUGUUUGUAUAAAAUCUCUGGACUGUCAACUGGGCCAGUGUAUGGAAGCAGCACGCUCUGCAAGGACUCCAUCAUCUGUGAGCAGCUACGUUUAAUGGCACAGAGGGAAGGAUCUUUCCGGUCACUGCCUUGCCCACUAAUUCAUCGUAAUCCCUUUGUGCUGACUCAGGAGCUGACAUUCGAGGAUUUUCGUCUCCGAAGACACAAGGAAUUUCCUUGGGCCCCUUCGUCUCUCUUAUAGAAAGGUGUGAGAAGCCGGUGGUGGCUGCCAUUGAAGGCGUCGCCUUGGGAGGAGGCCUGGAGGUGGCACUUGGCUGUCACUAUAGGGUUGCACAUGUGAAGGCACGGAUGGGUUUACCAGAGGUCACUAUUGGGGUACUUCCGGGUGGUGAAGGCACUCAGCGCCUGCCCAGACUGAUCGGGGUACCAGCUGCUCUGGAUAUAAUCACUACAGGAAGACACAUUCCAGCCACUGAAGCACUGAAGCUGGGUUUGGUUGAUGAAGUUGUGAAAGAAGACACGAUUGAGGCAGCAAUUCGCUUGGCAAACAAAGUGAUUGGCCAGCCACUGGAACCCCGCAGGCUCAGCCUGAGGCCAGUUCCAAAACUGCCCAACAUGGAAGCAUUUCUCAGUGAGGCUCUUGUAAAGCUGAAGAAACAGGCCCGCGGGUACCUGGCUCCAGAGCUGUGCUUCCAAGCAGUCAGAGCUGCCACAGAGCUGCCCUUUGCAGACGGAGUUCAGAAGGAGCGAGAGCUGUUUAACGUCCUGCUGACAUCAGGCCAGGCCCAAGCGCUGCAGUAUGCUUUCUUCGCAGAGAGAGCCGUGCAGAAGUGGACAACACCCCACAGAGCUUCAUGGCAAAACGCUUCCCCUCAGCCCAUCCACAAAGCAGCCGUGAUAGGGCUGGGAACAAUGGGCCGCGGCAUUGUGACUUCUCUGGUUAAGGCCAACAUACCUGUGGUAGCCCUGGAGCAGAAUUUGGAGUAUCUGAACACGGGAAGAAAAGCUGUGAUGCUCCUUUUGGAACGCGAGGCUAUGAAAAUGGAGCAUGGUGCCCAAACCCUGGAUUUCCAUAACCCUGCACGUCUCCAGUUCACUGUGGACUUUGAUGCGUUGCGGGAUGUAGAUCUAGUGAUUGAGGCUGUGUUUGAGAACAUGCCGCUAAAGAAGGAAAUAUUCCAGAAGCUUUCAGGUAUCUGCAAGCCAGCAGCUUUUCUGUGUACAAACACAUCAGCCCUGAACAUCGAUGAAAUAGCUUCUGCCACAAGCCGCCCACAGCAGGUCAUUGGCACGCACUUCUUCUCCCCUGCUCACAUUAUGAGGUUAUUAGAAAUAAUCUAUGGCCAUCACACAUCCCCCACCACCAUUGCCACUGCUGUGCAGCUAGCCAAAGUGCUGAAGAAAGUUGGAGUAGUGGUCGGGAAUUGUUUUGGCUUUGCUGGGAAUCGAAUGAUGUUUCCGUAUGUCGAACAGGCAGUUUUCCUUUUAGAGGAAGGCAGCAGACCAGAAGCAGUAGAUCAGGUUCUCGAAGAUUUUGGGUUUAAGAUCGGACCUUUCCGAAUGUCCGAUCUUGCUGGGCUGGAUGUGGGCUGGAGGUCUCGGAAGGACCGGGGCCUCACUGGGGACUCUGUACCUCCAGGAACACCUGCCUGCCAGCGGCAUGGCCAUCGCUACAGCCCUCUGCCUGAUCUGCUGUGUGAGAACGGCAGGUUUGGCCAGAAAACUGGAAAAGGCUGGUACCAGUACGAGAAGGCUGGGGGCAGGACAGCCAAGCCAGAUCCUUGGCUGCACGAUGUUCUGACCCAGUACAGAGACACCCAUCAUAUCAAGACCCGCUUUAUAGACCAGGAGGAAAUCCUGGAGCGGUGUUUGUUUUCCCUCAUCAAUGAAGGGUUUGACAUCCUAGCGGAGAGAAUAGCAUCAGACCCAGAACACCUGGAUGUGAUUUAUAUCCAUGGCUACGGGUGGCCAAAGCACAGGGGUGGCCCCAUGUUCUACGCUUCCACCGUUGGGCUCCCUCACAUUCUGGCUAAACUGCAGAAAUACUCUGAGGCUCACCCUGAUGUUCCCGCGCUACGACCCAGCACCUUUCUGAAAAAGCUGGUGGCUGCGGGGAACCCACCCCUCAAAGAGUGGAUGUCCUACCUCAGCGGUCCAAGCAACAAACUCUGAUUUCAUUGUGCCUGUGAUAUACAUUCAGUGGAGGCUGAUCUCCUGAAACAGGUGCCAUAAUUGCACUGUCUUUUCCAAUCAAAACCAGAGUGCUACAGGCUUGUAAACAAUGUAACUGACCUUCCUGGGCCUUUGCAGACAAUAACUUUGGCUGCUGAUUGAUCUCAGUUCACCUCUUGCUGCAGGUAACCUCUGCUAUCACCCAUCCUUCCUUCUCACUGCCAGCCUCACCCGCCUGCUUUGCAUAUUGCUGCGUGAAGGUCCACAAAGCAAAUCAGUGUAGAAGACAAGAGAGAGACAGCCACAAUUCACUCGAGACCAGCUGGAUCUACCAGAUCCUGCCCUAAAUCUGUUCCCAGUUUGUUCAGGUCUUUGCUGUGCACCCUUCCUCCACCGGAUUCCAUUGCUCUCCCAAGACACCCAGCUGGAGCCUGAUCCCGCUGCUGGGGGAGAGAUGGCACCAGGGGCACCUUUCAGAUGUAAAGUCAAAUUAAUUGGAGAGAGCAGGUUUGGGCAGAGAGCAAGGGGCAGGGCUGGUCCCGUCCCCACUCCCUGCUGCAGAGGAAAUUCAAAUAAAUGACAGAAGAGCCACACAUACAUUGGCCUGGCUAACCUGCCCUGUGGCAUUGGCUCACAACUGGCCUUCUGCAGCCAGACUCUGUCCUCUGUUCCAGUUAUCCCCACCCAGCUUUGUCCAGGCAGAAACAUCUUCCGGCAUCUCUUAAGCAUGGAUUUGUGUUGCCAUCGCUGCCCUGUUUCUUGCCUGCCAACAGCUGCCAGGUCUUGGGGCUCAGCAUGCUCUAAUUGAGCAGACUGAAACCUGGCCUGGCAUUUUCUGGGUUUUCACCUGGGCAGAGGGCACACUGAGAAGUGCACAGCGGAGGUGAGAAGGUCGCUGCAGGCAGGCAGAGGAGCGGCAGAUCUCUGACAGAGAGCAGAGCAGGGGGAGACUGAGCCAAACUUGCUCUAGAUGUGAUGCUUUGGGACAAAGGCUCCCAUUUCUUGUAUCUAGUGAAUGUAUCUUCCAGUCCAGUGUGGGGAACACGUUGGUCUGGGUUUCCUUCUCAGGAUGAUUGUCACUGGAUGUCUAACUUUUGCUGUUUAUUUUAAUAAAACGGCUUGGAUUAUCUAA